GACUUACUGAGAUGAUGAAAGACAUUCUUGGAUAACACUGCAUUCAUUCCUAGAAUUCCUAGCCAACCUACAGUUAAACAUUGACAUUCUCUCUGAUCUCGACGUUCGUGAUAGAAUUCGAUCGUGCGCAUGUCUAGCAACUCGCAGGCGAAAAUCGGAUCGCUAAAGGAUCGAAUCGCUAAAUUCAACAAUCCCGACUCUACGCCUCUUGUGCCCCAAUCUGCAUUUGGUUAUGGCGCACCACCUAAAGCAGAUCCGAGUCAAGUUCAGGGGAAGGGGCUGAUUGGAAACCGGAUACCGAGCUACAACGCUAAGAACAUAGCUCCGGAAGUCAUAUUGGGCACACGAAAGAAGGUGGAGAAUAGAGGGCUCUAUGGUAACAGGAUUCCAGCUUUCGCGAAAUCAGAUGGACCGCUAGCGUCGUCUGUUGAGCGACCCAGGUCACCGCGAGAUGGCAAACUUGGGAUACGGCGAGAUCCUGGACAAUCGAGUGCUUCUGGAGAGGAUGCAGGUGAUCUGCACGGCGUUGGUGGAACGGCUGUACCGGAUGUCGGUAACGAAGUCCCUGUAAGCGUCCCGACGACGGCCGGGCAACAAGCCGGUACCCUGCAGGAUGGUCUGAUCCAUCCUCCAGACGGGAACAGCUCGGUCGAGACGACAUCGUAUGACCGACCUGAGAGCCCAUCAGCCCCGGCGCAGUUAGAGGUCGACGAAUCAGCCGAACAAAGCAUGGAGGCGAGCGGACCGGCUAGUGGGACACGAGAGGAGUCACCAGCAGGCGGAGUUGACAGUGAUGAUGAUUUGAACGGCGGUCAGCCCUCGCAAACCAUAUCCUGUGGUCAAGAAGAACUAGCGGAUCUUCGAGAUCCAGCGAAGGCAAUUCGACGAGCUAGUAGAGAGAUGGAGCCAGCACACGCCUCAACUAUUGAAGAGGUCGUCUCGCCAGAGAUCGCCAGCCGUGCCGAAACCAUCACGGAUUUGUUGGAGUCGAGCCUUCCCGAUUCUCCGGCCGCCGAUGCAGAUAUGAUCAGUCUUAGCCUGGCGACGCACUACACCACUGGGUCUGACAAUGCAGCGGCAGAUUCUCUGCCGACAGGGAUCUCGGUAGCGACGGCAGUCUUGCAGUCAGAUCCGGGCUUGGACCAUGCAUUGGUAUCGCCGGUGCCGAACUUAGCUUUGACAGAAUCCGGGCAAAGUACGCCGGCGGAGGUGGUUCCCAUUCUGUCGUCGUUACCUCUUGAAAAGCAAGGUGACGUGCAGGAGGAUUCGAUCAUGGCUGAUUUCCACAAUCAAUUCACUCAUGCCAAAUCGGAGUUGGAGUCCCUGAUUGAAGCCGGUCGCACGUCAACUUCUGACCUCCGGCUAGCUGGCGAGCGAUUGGCAACGCUGCGAGCUCGAGUCAACAAAGCCAACGAUUAUCUACCCAGAUAUGAUCAAAGCCGAUAUCAACAGCAACUCCUGGAGCUGGAUGCACUUGUGGGCUCGCAGCCUCGGCAACGCAAGGCAUUUAGCUUCAAGAAGGCCAAGUCCACACCGCCCGCCGUCGAGGCAGACCGCAAAUCAGAUCCAGCUGAACUGUCCGAGGUGGACUGCAUUCGCCCGGUACCCGGGCCCGGUCCUGGCGGUUCAGAUCUUGCUGCCACAAUUCAUCGCCUGAAGGACACCCGCGAUCGAUACAUUAAGAUGGCACACCUUGAGACCCUUUCAGAUUCGCCUUCCGAUAACUUUUCUUUGACGAUCGAGGAUGUUGAAGGUUGCAUCAUCGACCUAUGCGAUAAGCCGCUUCUGCCGGCCCUCUCGGAUCUUAAACCGACCCGCCAGCGUAGGUGCACAGCCCUCUAUAUGAGCCGGGUGAAAAACACCAUCAUCGUUAUCGGGCACACGGUCAUGGGAAGCAUAUUACUGCAACAACUUCAGGAUUGCAUUGUCGUGGCUGGAGCGCAGCAGUUCCGUUUGCACGAAUCGGUGCGCUGUACUGUACUGCUCGACGUCCGCUCAACCCCUGCCAUCGAGAAAAGUACCGACAUCAAGUUUGGCGCGUAUCCUGAGGAGUUGCAAGCCGAUGGAGAGGCUGUUGACAUGGAGUAUCAAGUCAACGACUUUAAUUGGCUACGGGAAGGGCCUUCGCCCCACUGGUCAUGGCAGAAGCCGGUCAGGUGGCCCUUCACCACCUUGACACACGCCACAGAUCUGAACGGUAUGUACUCUUGCGUCAUGUCUGUUGCGUCACCUCUGCUCUGCAUGGUCUCAUAUCCUGAUUGUUACAACUAGUCACGCGGACUGGCCUCUUGCGGUCGUGGCUACCUAGAUCGGACUCUCAUACGAAUAAACCUAGGAGGAUUAUGCUUGACGACCCCGACACGACGAAUGAAGAACCCGGUUGGGCUUCAAAGAUUACGAGGACCAAAUAUGCUUAGGCGCUGUU